GGGGGUUUCGACAGUGGCGGGGGAUUUAGUGGAGGCUUCGUCAACAGUUCAGGAAGGCCCAUUAACUCACGCAGCCGUCUUGGAACAACACCUAAUCUACCGAGUUCUCGCAAUAGCGAAAUUAGACUAGGAACCGCAGCGGGAUGUGCCGUCAUUGCAAUCUGUACCGGUAUAUUCGUUUUGGUACCUGCUUGUUUCUUAGUUUGGCUAUGGGUCGACUUAGGCUUGGUUUCGAUCGGGGCUUUUGGACCGGUGUGUUUCUGCUUUAGUUUUUUAAUGAUCGGCUCGGGAAGUUACUACCUUUGUAGACGGUCGAAAAACCAUAGAAACCAGCCGAACGUACAAACGGUCACAUCCGGAGUCCCCCUGACGGAUGAACCAGGUACUGCACAAGCCGCCAUGACGUAUCCAACAGCAGACAUUGACACGCCGGGAAAACGUGCAGUUCAAUCCGCGUCCGCAGGGUGGUCUCCAAUUUCCGGGACCCAUUAUCAACAGUACCCUUCAUACCCCACAAGGUUGGCACCAGGGUAUACACCUUCUGGAUGGCUACAUCAACCAACGGGUGCACAACCACCCCCUCCGGGACGACACCUACCAACGGACGAGAAACCACCAGCUCCGAGACUACACCUACCAACGGGCGAGAAGCCACCACCUCCGUACGCGGGACUAUACCUACCAACGGGGGCACAACCACCUCCUCCGGGACGACACCUACCAACGUGGGCACAACCACCUCCUCCGGGACUACACCUACCAACGGGGGCACAACCACCUCCUCUGGGACUACACCUACCAACGGGGGCACAACCACCUCCUCUGGGACUACACCUACCAACGGGGGCACGACCACCUCCUCCGGGACUACUCCUACCAACGGGGUUACAACCACCCCCUCCGGGACUACACCUACCAACGGGCGCACAACCACCACCUCCGGGACUACACCUACCAACGGGCGCACAACCACCACCUCCGGGACUACACCUACCAACGGGCGCACAACCACCACCUCCGGGACUACACCUACCAACAGGCAAUUAGCCACACCCCGCAGCCAGUGCAGCGAUAGCAGCAGGGCUCAGGUCGCCCUCCUCGUCUCGUCCCCCAACAGGUUCUGUAUAUAGGCCAGGUUGUUCUUCUUCUGACGACCGGGGCGUCGUUUUCCGUGGGUUGGGACAUAGAGGGCAUAUAACUGUAGUGGCUCCUCUACAGGCAUUCUGAGGACGUGUCCAAUGAAGCGCAAUUGACGCUGCCUACCUUUGCAGAUGAGAGACUGGGUGUUUGUCAUUCUGUAUAUCUGACUGUUGCUAACACACUGAAGGCGUUUAAUGUUCAACAUGAUCAUGUAACAGGAUGUGGCAAACGAGUUUAUCUUGUUCUCCAUGUCGGGCGACAGUACCCACGAUUCACAUCCGUAUAAAAGAACUGAUGCAAUGCACUCUGAACAAAACAAGUCGUUCCCUUAAUAUAACCGACUCCGUAUUACAAAUUUUGAGUCUAUUCCAUUGUUUGAUGUUCAGCUCUCACACUGUUUGAAUUGGGCAAACCGGUUCAAUCUAUCAUAAGACUGUUGAUCACCAAAAAGUACAUGUAUUUAGAAAUGGCUUAUUUUAAAUCUAUAAGUGCAUAGAAUGUUGCGUUCUCACUUAAUCUUUUAUAGCUUUGAAGUCAAUGUGAUUUUAAAUAAUCAUCUUUACAGCUACACAAACUAUAUACAAGUAUCUUUGCACACCCAAAAUUUGACGCUUACAGAAAAGUGUUUCUUAGAAAAAUUAAGUCUAAUAUUUGGACCUAACGUUCAGAAAUUUUAAAGUGCGUGCCUAAUUGGUUUAUUGUCCAGGUUUUCCGAGGCAAAUUUGCCAAAGGGCUUGUUAUGACAUAUGUGGAUAAUUUUUCAUAGUCUUCUUCGGGACCAUUUCAAAAGUAUAGACACUUUAUUUUCGCAUACAUUUUGUAUAUUUGUUAUUCCAGAGCAAGUACAUUUUGUGAGAGGCACUUGUGUGGUAGAAGCCUCUAGUCUAUUUCACAGGUGUCACUUUGUGCACCUGUUCAAUAUAGAAAUAAAACACUUUUACAUAUCAAUGA